UCUGGCUGUCUCGAUGGCUUCCUGCCUACCUCUCCUCUGUCCAUGUCCCUGCCCCUUCCCACUCACGACACGUCAGCAGUGGCCGUGCAGAACAGAUGCUAUCGUGUCAUUCCAAAGCUCUACUUCCCUUUAAAAAGGAUGCAUGUUUUCACGUGGUGGCUCCUGCCCCAGAAAGCCAAGUCCGAAACGACCGUGGCACUGGAAGCCGUUCACCGGGCCAUCGUCCUCCCCUCCCCUCCCAACUCCAGCCACGCUCACAAGCUGCACCCCAGCCCCUUUCCAGCCUGCACUCAGCACUCGGCGAGUCCCGCAGGCUACCCUGGCCCCUCCGGUCAGAGCCACUUCUGCGCCUGGCAGCCAGCACGGCUGGACCCGGCACCACACUCAUACAGCUUCGCCAGACCGAAGAGAGCAGAGAGGUUAAAUUAUAGCUCAGUCAUCCGCGAUGACAAGCGGCCUCUGACAAGCUCCUCCUGGCCCCGGCCCCGGCCCUGGCCCCAGGGGAGUGUGGCCUGCCGCUGGCGCUGGCGGUGCGGUCUCGGACUUCCCUGGGAUCGCUGCACUUGCAGUUUAUUGAAGUCACAUCCACAGCCCAUCUCCCCCGUUCUGACUCACCUUGGGGCCUCGCUGCCCAGCUCCAGGCCGGAAGUGAAACAGGUAGGUUAAUCUG